AGCUUGAGGAACCAGGAAACAUGUUGAAACUAAUAUUUUAUGGACUAAUUAUAAUAGUUAACAUAAAAUACAUUAGCACUAAGGAUGUUGAAAGUAAUUACAUAGUAGAAGAUAAAGUCAAUAGAAUAGACAGUAAUGAUCUAGUUUUGAAUGAAUUUAAAAAACAAAAUUUAAAUUUAAGAAUCGCAAGAAGCGUUAAAAGUGACGAAGGAAAAACUGAAAGCGAUGAGAUAAAAAAUAAAAGUAAAGUCGAAGAAAAUGUAGAAGAAAUAUGUGUGGGUGCUGUGGAGUACUGCAAUAUGACGAAAGAAGAUUAUAUUAAUAUGCUAAAAGAUUAUAUUUACCCACAGACAUAUGAAUGGAUUCUAAUAGGAACUCACACAGCAGUCUUUAUUGUUGGAUUAGUUGGAAAUACGCUCGUGUGCGUAGCCGUUUACAGAAACCAUUCUAUGAGAACUGUGACGAACUAUUUCUUGGUCAACUUGGCGGUAGCAGACUUCAUGGUUAUAUUAUUUUGCUUACCAGCUACUGUUUUAUGGGAUGUGACGGAAACGUGGUUCUUAGGAGAUGCGUUGUGCAAGAUACUGCUUUAUUUUCAGUCAGUAUCAGUAACGGUGUCUGUAUUGACGCUGACGUUCAUCUCGCUGGACCGCUGGUAUGCCAUCUGUUACCCCCUCAAGUUCAAAUCCACCAUCAACCGAGCGAAGACCGCCAUAUUUGUCAUAUGGUCGGUUUCUCUACUAUUCAAUACUCCAGAAUUGAUAGUAUUGACAACAGUGAAGACAGUUCCGCUGCGUUUUGAACUCGAGUACCUGGUUCAGUGUACAGCCACCUGGUCAUCUAACAGUGACCUGAUCUGGCAUAUCAUCAAAGUUGUUUUCAUUUAUACAAUACCCCUCGUUUUAAUGACGAUAGCGUAUCACCAGAUUGUGAGAAUCCUCUGGAGUUCGGAAAAGAUUCCUGGUCAAGCGGAAACUGCUCAGUUAGCUCCAGCGGAACAAACUCAACUUACUUCACGACGGAAGGCAGCUAAAAUGUUGGUGGCAGUCGUCAUCAUGUUUGCUGUUUGCUAUUUUCCUGUUCAUCUUCUUUCUUUGCUGAGAUAUGUACUCGACAUGGAACAGAACGAUGUGAUCACAUUCCUUGCCCUCAUAUCUCAUGUUCUAUGUUACGCGAACUCGGCUAUAAAUCCUCUGAUAUACAACUUUAUGAGUGGUAAAUACCGUAAAGAAUUUCACAGAGCAUUCUGCUGUGCAUCGAGUCUUACUCACGAUCCAUUGACAACAAUGACCCGACUCACUAUGUCUAAAAAGAAAUAUGAUCAAGGCCCUGAACGACGUGUGAGCAUACGUCUUUGAAACGUCAAAGUACAAACACAUCCUUGCCUAGACGUUCAUACUCUAGUAAAAGAUCAAGAUUCAGAGU